CUUCCGUCUUGCAAGAGGAGCUGUGCUAGAUACACAAGGGCAGACCCACGGAGGAAGGUGGAGUUGUCUCCUACGGUAGAACUGAAUAGCUAUGAAACGUCUCCUGCUCCUGUCUCUUCUGUUGGGGACAGUUUCUGCUUUUCAUCUGGAGAGCAACGACCCCCAUCUGGACAGUCCAAAAAGACAGCCAGACCUGGGGCAGGUUGUAGACGGUGCAGGAGAACAGGGACAGUUGACCCAAGUGAUGCGCACAGAGGGAGAGGAACCCGAGUCUUCUGGCUGUUGGGAUGCCUUUGAGAAUGAGGUCGUGGAGUCGGACCCAGCUGCUGUAGACAAGGACUUGGAAUGUCCCAGGGAAGAGGACACAGUCCACAUGAAGGGAGAUCCUGGGUGCAAGACCUGUCGCUACCUGCUGGUGAGGACCCCCAAGACGUUUGAUAAUGCUCAGAGUGUCUGCAGGAGAUGCUACCGAGGCAACCUCGUCUCCAUUCACAGCUACAGUUUCAACUACCAGGUUCAGUGCGGGGCCAGUCAGAUCAACCAGGCCCAAGUCUGGAUUGGAGGCAUCCUCAAGGGCUGGUUCCUGUGCAAGAAGUUUCGCUGGACUGAUGGCAGCUGCUGGGACUUUGGAUACUGGGCCCCAGGGCAGCCUGGAAAUGGGAAAGGCCACUGUGUGGCACUAUGUACCAAAGGGGGCCACUGGCGACGAGCUUCAUGCCAAAGUCAUCUGCCCUUCGUCUGCUCCUAUUAACCCGGGACACAGAGACUGUGGCUUGGGCCUCCUGCUUUCAUAUACCUGGAUGCCUGGAUCCCAUUCUGGGAUCUGGGAUCUGUACCCCAGCCUCUUCUGGUCAUAAAUAUAGACUUUCCCUAGCAUC